UCUCAGCAACCUCACCUAUUGUACCAAAAGAUUCAGAUAACACCUCUUUACUUUUUUCCCACAUUCUUUAUCAAAGUUUUCGUCUCGUUUUUAUUGGGUUUUCUUUUGUCAGGAGUGAUGCAUAUCAAAGCGAAUAAAGACUUGAAAUUGGAAGAAAAAAGACCACUCAGCGUGGCAACGGUUGAAGAAGCUCUGACAGCGACAGGUUUCGGGAAAUACAACUUCGGCCUCCUGUUAAUAUGCAGUUGGACGCUUCAGGCGAUGGGCAUGGACCUAUUCGGCACCAGCUUCGUGGUGGCAGCCGCCGUCUGUGAUCUCGAGUUAUCACUGCAGCAAAGGGCGCUUCUGACAGCCACACCUUUAGUGGGAGUGGUGUUGGGUGCCCAACUUUGGGGCUACGUGUCCGACACGAAGGGUCGCCGCCUCACACUGGUUCUGUCCAUGGCCGUCGGCUUCGUGUUCGCAGCGCUCAGCAGCUUCGCACCUGAUUGGAAGACUAUGGCUUUUAUGAAACUCAUUUCGUCUACCUUCACAUCAGCCACUAAUUCCGGCGCAUACACCUUACUCGGUGAGAGUUGCCCUGAGAGGUCCCGAGGGCGAAGUAUGUUGCUUUGCACCUGCUCUCUUAUGUGCUCACAGGCUGUAGUCGCGGUAUUCGCCUAUCCAAUUCUACCGAUGAAGUUCUCCUACUGGAUUGACUUCCUCGGCAUCUACUACAGACCUUGGAGGCUACUCGCUUUCGUCAUGGCACUGCCAUGUGCAGUCACCGCUUGUUUGCUACAAUUCUUUGAGGAAAGCCCUAAAUUUCUGGUGUCAAGAGGUCAACCAGAUCGAGCGUUGAAGGUGCUGCAAAGAAUCUAUGCUUGUAACACGGGCCACAAAGCAGACCAAUUUCCCGUAAAAAAACUUAUGCAAGAACAGGAAAUUGCAACCACACUUACUGAGACUGACUCUUUCUUCUCCGCGCUUUGGCAGCAGACAACAGCUCUGUUUCGUCGUCCAUUGCUAAAAGACACUCUGAAGCUCUUCUAUAUCGUCACUGUAAUCUACAUGACUGGCAGUGGCUUCAUUCUCUGGUUGCCUUAUAUUAUGAACAACCUCUUUUCGGUGUUGGAGACAGGAGAAGGCGCAGGAAUGAAUCUCUGCACAGUCAUCCGAUACUCAACUGACAGUUUUGCAAAUGCGGCAAAUAAUAACACAAUUCAAGAAGUUUGUAAUGAUACAAUACAGCCAACUACACUUAUCUCUGCGAUGUCGUAUGGUGCCUUAGCCAGUUUAUCUAACCUGGUUUUGUCACUUACGUGCGGCUCCAGAAAGCGAUUGGCUAUGAUGGGAAUUGUAUUGCUAUCUGCGACAUCAGCUGUUCUGUUAAAUGUGGUCCCUAUCCCGAUUGCUGGGGGCGUGUUCUUUUUCCUGUUCCUGCUCUGUGCGCUGUCUAUGGGCAUCUUAAGCGUAUACUUUGUGGAACUUUAUCCCACAUCACUAAGAGGAAUGGCGUCAUGUCUUUCAGUGAUGCUGGGAAGAUCGAGCGCUUUCCUUGGAGUCAACGCUAUUGGAUACCUUAUAUCAGCAAAUUGUGAAGCAACAUUUUAUGGCUGGGCCAUUCUACUUUUAAGUGCCAUAAUCGUUACUUGGUUCUUGCCAAACGAUAAACAGCCACGGCAAUAAGACGGAUUUUUGUUCACGAUUGAAGAGAAACGAAGGUGCUGAAAUUACGUCGUGCCCUCAAACAAAAAAUGGGUAGUAUGUAUGGAGGGUCUUCUCAAUUUUGUAUUUUGAUUUUAAACUUAGUUGUUAGUAGUAGUUUUCUAAAUUGUGGAGUUGAUACAUUUGUACUAGAGCCACGAGAUAGUCAUGUAAUAGUACCUGAUUUCUUUAUCUACGUACUCUGUUUAGGUCUAGCGUAAAUUAAUUAAGUUAUAUCUUCAGAAUAUCUUCUUAAGUAAAUAAUAAAUGCUUACCUCGUUUAAAAAAUAUAAAGGUAAUGCAAUUCUUGACGCUUCUUUUAGAGAGGGUUUACGAAUAUUUAAACUAAUUUAAGUGAUUUUAAGUUAUUGUAGUUAUAACAUGAGACUGGUUAUAAUUUAAAAUAAAAAUAAGUGUUUUAUUUAA